AUGAAUCGGUCGUUGGUAAAACUUUUGAUUGUAGCAUCAUUAGGACUUGUUUUAUUAUUACAGUCUAAUGUGAAUGGGCAAAGCCAAGAAGGAGAAUGUGAACCUGGUAUGUGUCGUUCAAAAUGGGGCUUCUGUGGUACAGGUCCUGAUUAUUGUAGCAAUACGGAUCCACAAUCAGCACGACAAAAUCAAGGUGAAGAGUGUCCACCUGGUAUGUGUCGUUCUAAAUGGGGAUUUUGUGGAACUGGUCCGGAAUACUGCGAAGGGAAACAUGACUCUUCAAAUUCCACUACAAAGCCACAGCUAACUCGAAAAAAGUGUCCACUUGGUAUGUGUCGUUCAAAAUGGGGUUAUUGUGGAACUGGUCCGGAAUACUGCGAAGGGAAACAUGGCUCUUCAAAUUCCACUGCAAAGCCACAGCUAACUCGAAAAAAGUGUCCAGCUGGUAUGUGUCGUUCAAAAUGGGGUUAUUGUGGAACUGGUCCGGAAUACUGCGAAGGGAAACAUGGCUCUUCAAAUUCCACUGCAAAGCCACAGCUAACUCAAAACAAUCAAGGAAAGAGCUGUCCACCUGGUAUGUGUCGUUCUAAAUGGGGAUUUUGUGGUACAGGACCGGAAUAUUGCGAAGGAAAACAUGGUUCCUCAAAUUCCACUGCAAAUCUACAGACAACUAUAAAGCAUCCAGGAAAGGGAUGUCCAGCUGGUAUGUGCCGCUCGAAAUGGGGUUAUUGUGGAAAAGGUCCGGUAUAUUGUGGAAACACGCCUUCAACUUCAGUUGAUCAUAAACAUAAAGAAGAUCGUUCGCAAAGUCAACGACCGAUAUCUAGAGACACUUUUAUAGGAGAAGGGAUACAUUAUAUUGUCAGCGUUGGCUACACAGCAUGUGGAACAAUGCACAAUGAUAAUGAAUAUAUUGCUGCACUGAAUGCAAUACAAUUCGAUCGUCAAACACCAAAAAGUAAUCCACAAAAAAAUAGCUUAUGUAAUAAGCUAGUCCAUGUUCACGGUCCAAAUGGAUCUGUUACAGUGAAAAUUGUUGAUAAAUGCCGUGAAUGUCGUUAUGGCGAUCUUGCUUUAUCUAAAGUUGCUUUCAAAAAAGUCAUUGGAAUUAUUGGUGUUGAUCGUGUAAAAAUCAAAUGGAACUGGUUUUGA